CGGCGCAGACGGACCGUGGUGUCCCGCUAAGUACGCUUUGUCCCAAGUAUCUUCAUACAAAUUCCACCAGCCACACCUGGCCCUUUGGCGCCAUUGCUGAGCUCAUAGUGCAAUAAGAAGAGAGCACCUUGCACGCAAAACACCAUUCCACCCUGGGCCCUUUUUAUGUAACCACAUGCAUCAUAUUGCACCCAAAAAUCCUGAGAAAAACGGUCCUCAGUACGCUUCUACAUCACUGAAAUACAAUGCCUAUGAUCCAGAUGUCAGUGCCAAACAGUUCUGGAUUGAUAAGACUAUGGUCCAAGAACAAGAAUGCCUCAGCUUUAUGGAUAAUGGAAAUGGACUAGACUAUGAAGGAAUGCAUAAGAUGCUCAGCUUUGGGUACAGUGACAAGGUUGCUGUAAAGGGUCUAAAGCCAAUUGGUAUGUAUGGCAACGGUUUCAAGUCUGGAGCCAUGCGUCUUGGCAAAGAUGCCAUCGUCUUUUCCAAGUCAAAGAGUACCUCAUGCGUUGGGAUGCUCUCUCAGACCUACCUGAACAAGAUUAAUGCUGAGCAGAUAAUUGUACCUAUUGUCUGCUUUGAACAGAGAGAAACAAAUACGUUCAGUGUAAGAGAGGAGCACAAAGCCAGUCUGCAGGACAUCCUGCGCUAUUCCCCUUUCAAGACAAAGGAAGACCUGCUCCAUGAGGUUGAUGCCAUCAAUUCCCCCUGGUCCACAGGGAAAACUGGCACACGGAUCAUCAUCUGGAAUCUCCGCAGGACAUCUACUGGAACAACAGAGUUUGAUUUUGAGAAGGACCGUUACGAUAUCCGAAUUCCAUCUGAUGUCUACGAGGAAAUGAAUGACACUUCAUCAUACAUCCCUGACAGUGUUUACUCACUGCGGGCGUAUUGCAGCAUUCUGUACCUGAAGCCUCGGAUGCAGAUCAUCAUACGUGGUCAAAAGGUGAAAUCUCAGCUCAUUGCUAAGAGUCUGGCCUACAUCAGAAAGGACCACUACAAGCCCACUUUCCUGAACAAACGCAUUCCUAUCACUUUUGGUUAUAACACCAAAAGUAAAGACCAGUAUGGCAUUAUGAUGUAUCACAAGAAUCGGCUCAUCAAAGCCUACGAGCGUGUUGGCUGCCAGCUUAAGGCCAACAACAAAGGUGUUGGGGUCAUUGGGGUCAUAGAGUGUUACUUUCUUGAACCUACCCACAACAAACAGAGCUUUAAUGAGACCGAUAAGUACAGGAAAACUAUGAACAAUUUGGGGAUCAAACUGGAGGAGUACUGGCAGGAAAUCCGCUACAGGAGAAAAACAGAGGAUCCAAACAACAGCAUACCAGUAGAAGAUACCACGAAGCGACCAGAUCAAAACUGGGUGCAGUGCGAUGACUGUUCCCAAUGGCGCAAACUCCCUGAUGGGAUCGACAACAACAAACUGCCAGAUAAAUGGUAUUGCCGUAUGAACCCUGAUCCUCAGUUCAGGAGCUGCAAGGUACUGGAGGAGCCUGAGGACUCCAAUGAUGAAGAACCUUCAUACUGCAAGACCUAUAAACAACAGGAGAGGGAAGACAAAAAGAAUGAAGAGAAGAAAAGACAAAAGGAUGAGGAGGAUCGAAAGCGUCAGGAAGAGCAGCGUUUGGCUAAUCUCGCCAAGCAAAACCAGGCCCUUAAACAGCAGCUGCAUCAAAUAACUGUCCCUUCCCCCUCCACCCCCACUACCCCAAGGAGUAGGUUUAACACCGAGUCACCACGAGGGGGUGCUGCGAGGGCUAAAUCCUCUUCACUGAGGGCCACCACCUUUUCACAAGCUGCUUGCAGCCCCUCCAGUAGCAGUGGUCUUCCAGUUAUUUCUAAUGUAUGCUCACUGUCAACAACCCCCCUGAGGGGAAAAAGAGCACAGCCUGUUACUCCACAAAGACUGUCCAAAAGAUCUAGAGUUAAUCGCUUUAAUCUAGGCACCUCCGAUACAUCCACAUCUGUGGAUGUGAGCCCACUGAUCUCCCCAUCAGUGCCUGAAGAUGGUGAUGAUGAUGAUGAUGAUGAUGAUGAUGAUGAUGAUGAUGAUACUGAUGAUGACAUUUUCAUCUUGGAGACUGCCAGUACCCCCAGGCCAAAAAUGCCACGAUUUGAUUUGACUAAAGUGAAGACGGAGCAAGAGCAAAGUGAUGCUAACGUCGGCAUGCUGUUGGAGUGCAGCAAUGAUGCUGCUAUGGAUGUCGCCUCAGAGACUAAUGUUGCAGGAAUGGGCUCUACAUGUCCGGCAGCUGUGGGAACUAGUCCCUCCCCAGCACCCCCUCCAGAGAUGGCCAGCAUCACCACCCAGACAGAAGUACCCAAAGUGAAGAAGGAAGAGGGGGACCAAAAUCAUACUGAAGGGGAGGAGAGAGCAGGGCAGAGUGGUGAAGAACAGAGUCCAGAUAUGGACCUCAAUAUCUGUGUUGAGCAAAGAGCAUUUAACCAAGAGAGCAAUGGAGACGCUCACAGUGAGAAUCAAGGAAAGCAGACCUUGCAUAAUGGAGUGACGCAUCAUCUGGAAAGUGAAGAAGAUGCUGGACCUUCCUGUGCAGAUGCAUGUGAUAAGAAAUCCUCUCCACUUCCCCAACCCAGUAUGAUUGAGAUACAGGAACAGCAAGACCAGCUCCUCGAGCUCAUGCAGGCUACCGCUCAGGAGAGAGACUCCUUUAAAGAGCAGGUCCAUAAACUUACCUGCGAACUGCAAUACAUGCAGAGCAGACUGCAGGAGCUGCCUCAGAUCAAUGUAAAGGAGGAGUGUUCUCACCAGGCCAGCCAGACGGCGGAAACGGAGGGGUGGAAAGACUACAGAAGUCUAUUUGAAAAGGCCAAACAGAGAGUCGAUGAACUGAUUAAGGACAAAGAGGCUUUACUGGCAGCUACUGAGACCAAGCCCAGUACUGCCCAAAGUGAGGAAAAUUACCUUGACUGCCUGCUCCGGGAACUGGAUCAAAGAAACAAGGAGAGGGAUGAACUCCGCUCACAGGUGGACAGUCUGGAGGAGGAAAGAGCAAACCUGGCAUCCCAGUGUGAAGAGCUCAGAUUGAGCCUGCAGCAGCAGAGGGAAAACACAACUCCACACAGAACCACUGAUUCUUCUGUACAAACAGAUCCCGACAAGGCAGGAAGGACAGCAGACUCUUGCACAGAUUCAUCCAAAAGUUUGAUUGAGCUUCGGCACCACGUCGGGCGUCUUCUCGUCUCCUUCGUGCCUGCUCUGGACCUGGGCCAAGUGAAUUAUGAGUGUAAUGUAAUUGAUGAGAUCCUAGAACAGGUUCUCUCCGAUGUGGAGUCCAUUGCACCAGUGGGGCUGAGGGAUGGAGCAAUAAAUAAAUGAACAAAUCAUCACCAUUAAGCCCCUUGAGGCAAAUUUGUGAUUUGUGAUAUUGGACUAUAUAAAUUAAAUUAAAAUUAAUCAGAUCCUGAACUUAAGUGUGGCGCUCCACCUGUAAAUAAUGAAUACAGAUUCCUAUGAGUGUGGAAAAUUAAGUCGUAUUUAUUCAAGGUAUGUACAUGUUUACAGAUUUUAUGUUGAUAUACAGUAAUUGCAACAAGCUAUGACCUACUUAACAUUUCUUUAUCUUAACAGAUGGAAAAUGUUUACCAAAACAUGGAGAGAAAAAACAAUAUAAACAGUAUAAUCACUAUGUACAUAAAUGAAUGCCAUAGACCCUUCACUUUACUCUUAAGUUUCAGCGUAGAAUCAUAGAAGUAAUCCAUUUAUCAGUCAACUGUUUGAUAUUUUGUUGAUCAUGUCAUUGUAGUCACAGCUCUGCAUCUGAUUCAGUUUAACAAAAACAGUUCUCUCUUUGGAUUGUAUUGCAGCAUAUUUUGUAUGGAUUCAGUCAAAUAUAUUUUUAUAUUUCCUGUCUUUGCUCUGUUAAUUAAAUGCUAUAUGACACAUUA